CUAUUGGUUGGUGUAAAUAUUAUAUAUAAAUUUUGAAACUAGUGCAGAAACAAGUUUGCUUAUGCCAUAAAAAAAGUUUGUGUAAAUUUGCUUCAUAUUUUGAAGCCCUUAAAGCUCAUCGAAUCUGAUUCCAAUGGCCUGACCUGAGCUCUUAAUCCAAAGCUUCUUCUUCCAGAGUCUCUCCUAAAUUAAUUAAGUUGAUAAGUUAAUUUCAAAAUGAAAAUCUUUCAAACCCUUUGGAACAGUCCAGUUGGUCUUAAGACAACUCACUUUUGGGGUCCUCUUUUGAAUUGGAGCAUUCCAAUUGCUGCGUUUGUGGACAGAAAAAAACCACCAGAACUUAUAUCUGGCAACAUGACUGCAGUGAUGUGUGUGUAUUCAGCAAUGUUUAUGAGGUUUUCAUGGAUGGUAAAUCCACGUAAUUACCACCUUCUUGCUUGUCAUUUCUCUAAUGAGACUGUUCAACUCUAUCAACUAUCUCGUUGGAUCAAGGCUCAAACUCAACAAAAUAAUAAAAACUUGGAACAGAAGAAUGAGGAGGCUGCACAAGAAGAAUAAAAUCUAUAUGUUGUGUACAAAAACGUUCUAAUUAAAUAAUAGUAAUUGAGUUGAAGGGAAUUGGUGUAGUUUUUUGUUGUUGAUACAAUGAAUUGUGUUUAUGCAAAGAUCAAAUAUUUUCUAUUUUGCCCAUAA